UUUAUAUUAACGACUGAGGUCUCCGUCUGUCCACUCAAAAUGGCGGAAGAGCCAGCACGCGAAUGGAGCGAUGACCAGCUCAAAAGUGACGAUUUGCCCAAAAAAGACAUCAUAAAGUUCAUUCAGGACAAUGCAGCACAUUCGUUCCUCAACGAGCACAAACUGCUGGGGAAUAUCAAGAAUGUGGCCAAAACGGCAAAGAAAGAGCAGCUCGUUGUCGCCUACAACGAGCUGUUUGUUAGCAAGCGGUUUAAAGGCACCGAGCCAGUGGAAGAGGCGACAGAGCAGAUGAAAGCCGUGAAAAUGGACGACAAGCCCAAAGAGGUCAAAGCUGAAGUGGUGGACGAGGGUCCACCCAAGUUCACUAAAUCAGUGCUGAAGAAAGGCGACAAGACAAACUUUCCAAAGAAAGGAGAAAAUGUCAGCUGCUGGUACACGGGAACGUUGGAGGACGGAACUGUAUUUGACACCAAUAUUCCCGCAGCAGCCAGAAAGAAGAAACAAACAAAGCCGCUGAGCUUCAAAGUGGGCUUGGGCAGAGUCAUCCGAGGAUGGGAUGAGGGUAUUCUGACCAUGAGCAAAGGCGAGACGGCCCGCUUGGAGAUAGAACCCGAGUGGGCGUACGGGAAGAAGGGCCUGCCUGAUUCCAAAAUUCCGCCCAACGCCAAGCUGAUCUUUGAGGUGGAGCUGGUGGCCGUGGAUUAACAGAUAAAAUGUUGGUAAAAAUUAAGUCACAGCACCUUUUGCAGUGUUUUUCUCCCGAGGUCUUACGAUGAUGUUGACUAGUUUACGUUUGUUCCUGACCUUCCAAUGUUUUUACCUCCUUUCGGGACAGUAAUGGGUCUUUACUUUAUUAUGCAUUGUACUAUUUUGUUUGCAUAAAUAUCUUUUUUACAGAA